AUGGCUGAUGGUUCGAGUAGCCAAGCUGGGGGGAGCUCCGAGAGUAGGGAACAUGAUAGGAUCUUCCCCAUCGCUAAUAUCAGCAGGAUCAUGAAGAAAGGCAUGCCUGCAAAUGGGAAAAUUUCUAAGGACGCUAAGGAUACAGUUGAAGAAUGUGUCUCUGAGUUUAUUAGUUUCAUCACCAGCGAGGCAAGUGAGAAGUGUCAGAAAGAAAAGAGGAAGACGAUUGAUGGGGAUGAUUUGCUUGGGGCAAUGGCCAAUCUAGGGUUUGAAGACUACGUCGGUCCCCUCAAGAAUUACCUAAGUUGUUACAGAGAGGUAAUCGAUUAA